AAAGAGCUUGGACCGGGAGUAGGGAGGCAGAUCUGGUAUAAGGUCAUCAAAACCCUGUUUCAGUGAGGUCUUGAGCGAAGACAAAAAUUCGUGCCUGCAAGGCUACGGCGGUAAGAGGCGGGCCUAGGCUUCCCCAGCCAAUCGUAGAGGGUUGGUGUGGGGUAAGGGGCGGGACCAGCUCCGCUGUUGAAACUUGCUGGGUUCUGAGUGGGAAGGCUAACCUCUGUGGAGUGUUCUCUUCCAACAGCCAUGUAACUUUUUCCGGUCUUCCAGUCUUCAGGUUAGGACACGCAGCUCUGCCGGAGUCAGAGGAUUAUGGGGACAGGAGCGCGUGGAGGCCGUGAGGCGGGGACUGUUGGGCCUUCAAGAACUGGAGAGGGUGGGUUGGGAGUUGUUUCAGCUUUGUGUCAAGGAGAGUCAGCGCCUUCCUCUUCCUUGACGCCGCCUUCUACGCCUGCCGAGUUCUCCGGGGUGGGUCCUUAGAAGGCCGGAGGGGGCGGCCCCCAGAGCUUCAAGUCGGCUGUGGCUGCAGGUCUGAGGCUUCUAGGACAAGGAGUGUGGGUGCGGUCCAGAAUGGACCCUGCGGGGCCGGCCCUUCACUUUAUCCCCCUUCUGUGGCCAAUAGUUAAAAUGAGUGAUAAACCAGACUUCUCUGAAGUGGAGAAAUUUGACAGGUCAAAGCUGAAGAAAACUGAUACCUAACAAAAAAAUACCCUCCCCUCAAAGGAAAGUAAGUCAUGGGGGCUUUCUACUUGAGACAAACAAUGGUGAAAAUUGAUACACUCAGUAAAUAAGCCCAUCUAGUAAAUUUAGUCAUGAACCAAGCAAUAGAAUAUCAGUGUAUUUAAUGUAACAUUUUAAAAUAACAUAUUUUUAAAACUUGGUGUAUAUAAGUGGUUCUCACAAAAUAGGCCCUAAUAGUAAUGGGGAGAUUAAAAAACUACCAUAUUUUGCAGUGUAUAAUGGGCUCCCGUGUAUAGUGCAUACCUACAUUUUUGGCCCAA